AGAAAGACCUCGAACACUGCAAAAACCAAUAAGUACCUCGGCUCUCCAGGAUAUGUGCACUCGGAAUGAACAAGUCAGCUUGUCAUGGGUUACCAUCCUCAUCCCUAUGGUACGUAUUAUGCACCAACAUCUAUAUCCUGCUUCUGGUUUGUAGUCCGAGUCCUAUACGUGCCGAUUAUGAGACCUCGUAUGCGAGGCAAUUAUUGGGUUUGGAGGAUGCAGAGAAUCAAGCAGCGCUGAAGAGGGAAAUUAGGUAUCCUUCUGUUGGAUUCUACAUCUAGCCACCGUGUGUGUCGUUGUGCAGCCCGAGGCCCCAAGUUAACGGUGAGCGUGCGCCGUGUGCUGUGUCUAGGGGUGGGUGACUCGUUUCCGAAGUUGUUCUCCAGGCGUUUUGGUUCAUCCUACCAGCCAGUGCGAUCUUCGCAGAAUACAUCAUAUGGGAUCUCAGUGGAAUGUCGCCU